GGUCGGGGGCGGGGCCUCAAGCCGGAGUUGCCCUGUCAGUGCAGGUGGAGGCCCCCGGCGGGGCAAAGUGGCAGGAACCUCUUAAAGGGCGAGAGUGGCGGAGGGCGAGAACGCGGCCCGGCCCGGCCCAGCCAGGUCUCCGCCCCAUCCGGCCCAGAGAAGAGUUUAGUGGCUGAGGCUGAAAAUCCACAGCAGCAACAACAGAAGGAAGAGGGUGAGGGAGCCACAAACUCGGGUCAACAGGAAACUCAGCUGGAAGAGGCUCCUCAAGCAGCAGCCGAGGGAGAUAAUCAGUGUGAGCAGAAGCUGAAAACAUCCAAUGGAGACACUCCAACACAUGAAGAUUUGACCAAGAACAAGGAGCGGACAUCAGAAAACAGGGGCCUGUCACGGCUGUUCUCCUCAUUUCUCAAAAGGCCUAAAUCUCAGGUCUCUGAGGAGGAAGGCAAAGAAGUAGAGUCAGCGAAAGAGAAAGGUGAAGGUCAUAAAGAGAUAGAAUUUGGAGCCAGUCUUGACGAAGAGAUCAUUUUAAAGGCCCCGAUUGCAGCUCCUGAGCCUGAGCUCAAAACAGACCCAUCCUUGGAUCUUCAUUCAUUAAGCAGUGCAGAAACACAGCCUGCUCAGGAAGAACACAGAGAAGAUCCCGAUUUUCAGACUGAGGAAGGAGGAGGACUGGAAGACUGCUCUAAAACAGAAGUAAAAGAAGAAAGUCCUGAGUCAGUAGCAGAAAGAGAAUUAAAAGCUUCCCAGAAAUCGAUCAGAAGACACAGAAACAUGCAUUGCAAGGUUUCUUUGUUGGAUGACACAGUUUAUGAAUGUGUUGUGGAGAAACAUGCUAAGGGACAAGAUUUACUUAAACGAGUAUGUGAACACCUCAAUCUUUUGGAAGAAGACUACUUUAGUCUAGCCAUUUGGGAUAAUGCAACCUCUAAGACAUGGCUGGAUUCUGCCAAAGAAAUAAAAAAGCAGGUUCGUGGUGUCCCUUGGAAUUUCACAUUUAAUGUAAAGUUUUAUCCACCUGACCCAGCACAGUUAACAGAAGAUAUAACAAGGUAUUAUUUAUGUCUUCAACUUCGGCAGGACAUAGUUGCAGGACGUCUGCCCUGUUCAUUUGCAACCUUAGCAUUAUUAGGUUCUUAUACCAUCCAGUCUGAGCUGGGAGACUAUGACCCAGAACUCCAUGGUGCAGAUUAUGUUAGUGAUUUUAAACUGGCCCCAAAUCAGACCAAGGAACUUGAAGAGAAGGUCAUGGAACUGCAUAAGUCAUACAGGUCCAUGACUCCAGCUCAGGCUGACCUGGAAUUUCUUGAGAAUGCCAAAAAGUUGUCUAUGUAUGGUGUUGACCUUCAUAAAGCAAAGGACUUGGAGGGAGUGGAUAUCAUCCUAGGUGUCUGCUCUAGUGGCCUUCUGGUUUACAAAGAUAAGCUGAGAAUUAACCGCUUUCCUUGGCCCAAAGUGCUGAAGAUUUCUUACAAACGUAGCAGCUUUUUCAUUAAGAUUCGCCCUGGAGAGCAAGAACAGUAUGAAAGUACCAUCGGAUUCAAACUUCCCAGUUACCGAGCAGCUAAGAAAUUAUGGAAAGUCUGUGUAGAGCAUCACACGUUUUUCAGACUGACAUCUACAGACACCAUUCCUAAAAGCAAAUUUCUUGCCCUGGGAUCCAAAUUUCGAUACAGUGGCCGAACUCAGGCUCAGACCAGGCAAGCUAGUGCUCUGAUUGACAGGCCUGCCCCACACUUUGAGCGUACAGCAAGCAAACGGGCAUCCCGAAGCCUUGAUGGAGCAGCAGCCGUUGAUUCAGCAGACCGAAGUCCUCGGCCCACCUCUGCACCGGCCAUUGCUCAGAGUCAGGCCGCAGAAGGCAGCGUCCCAGGUGCACCUGUUAAAAAAGCAGUGGUUUCUAAAACACCGAAGGAAACAGUGCAGGUUGAAGUGAAAAAGGAAGAAGUCCCACCUGAGCAACCUGAGCCAGAGCUCACAGAAGUGUGGAAGGUGGAAAAAACCCACAUCGAGGUCACAGUACCCACCUCAAAUGGUGACCAAAUACAGAAAAAGAGAGAGAGACUAGAUGGUGAAAACAUUUAUAUCAGACAUAGCAAUUUAAUGUUGGAGGAUUUAGACAAAAGUCAAGAAGAGAUCAAAAAACAUCAUGCCAGCAUCAGUGAGCUGAAAAAGAACUUCAUGGAAUCUGUACCAGAACCACAGCCUAGUGAAUGGGAUAAACGCUUAUCCACUCACUCUCCCUUUCGAACACUUAACAUCAAUGGGCAGAUCCCUACAGGAGAAGGAGUGAAGAAAACCUCUGUCCUUCCCUCGGAAAGAAAGGUUGGUGGCCCAGAGACACAGGAACGUGCUCUGUUAGUGCAGGAUGAAGAGAAAAUUAAGAGGCAAGAGAGAUCUACUGAAAGCGCCUUGCCCCAGCAAGAAAAUGAAGAAAUUCUUCCCAAGGUUUCUAUUCCAAUCCCUGAGGAUCACAAGUUUCUCAAAAAGUGCCACCUCUACUCUAGUACUUUUUCAUUUCCUCGUAUUCCUUUUGUGAUGUCUUUUCUCGUGGUUCUUGCAUUGGCUGUCUGGUGGUUGGUCUUUCUGUGAUCGGAAAACAGGGUGCUCACCUGAAAUGUCAAGACUAAAACCAUUGAACUUUGUUGUUCGCUUCUACUGUGUUAUCUCCUGUGUGAUGCCCUCUGAUCUUGGUAGUUCACUGUCCUAGGGGAGAGCCUGUGAUCAUUUUUCUGUCAAUAAAAUGUUACUCUUUGUAGAAUAUAUAUCAUGGGGUACAAAGGAGUAGCAAUGCAUUGCUCAAGCCAGUUUUCCUCACCAAAGUUUAACAAAUUUAGGCAAAUCUGAUUUAAGCAUAUGGCAGGUUGGUACUUUCCCCAAAAGCUUUAACUCUUUUAUCCAGCAUGUUCUUAUUGUUCACUGUUGCUAUGUACUCCUCUCCAGUGUUUCACAGAAAGCAGGAUAUCCUGUAGAAACAUUUGAUGGAAUAUUUUCCUAAUCUUCGAUAGCUAUUUGUGGGGCAUGGGCUCUGUAGUUUAAGAAAAAAGUUCAAGUUGCUAACCUUUCAAAAGCCUUAAAAUGAUACAUUUUAAUCUGUGAAUCUAUAACCACUCCUUUUCUUGAUAUAUCAAACCAAUAUAUACAAAGGCCUUUUGUGGAAAAGGGCUUUUGACUUCUGUGGCCUUCUUAUGUGUAUUUCUGAGACGUACAGGGACAAACAACUUUAUCCUGCCUGGUGUAUAGAAGAGAUCUGCAAAGGUUAAAUGCAUUUUUCACAAGUAUAAUGUUGAUGGUUUAAGGAAAAUGGUGCCUGGUGCCCUUUAGCCUCCAGCCAGGGCUGAAUUUUCCAGACUACUCUGCCCAUCUUUAAAAGUCCUGGAAUAACAAAUUUCUUUAAGGUCUGUACAUAAACAUACCCUUCUCUGAAUUAAAAUACUGUGUUACUUCUUUAUGAGUUAAGUAAUUAUAUUGCUAGAAGCAAUAUUUAGCCAUUAUGAUAAGCUUAAAAUAGAUAUCGAUAUAUUUUGUUUUUCUGAUAGACUUUGGACUUGUUUAUUCUUACAUGUGUGUUGAAAUCAAUUGUUUUUCAUUGAUGGCCUUGUGAGCUAAGGUUCUGUCGUGACAAGUAUGUGUCUUCUGUUUGCAUGUUGAUUUUUAAGGCUUACCUGAAGUAAAUAUGCGUGUGCUCUCUCUUCACAACACAACUCAGAUACCUAACCUGUUUUUUUUUUUCCCCUCAGUAUUAAUGAAAUCUUGCAUGUAGCUUGCUUUCUGUGGCGUUUGAAUGUACCAAUAUGGAUGAUUUGGUUAAUGUUGUCUCAAAUAUUUGUUUUGAAAGCUGAGUUCAUAGAGUUAUCAAAUUGAGAUUAUUGCACUUUACUUCUCAACACUUCCAGCUGAUGUAACUUCUAAACAAGACUUUUUGUUUUUAAGAUGACGGUGUCUUAGAGCAAAAAAAGAGAACCCUAAAGCCAAGAAUCUUUUGUCCUUCCACACCCACUAUUAUUAUUCUAUCUUCUCUGGAGACAUGUAGAAAUAAUUCUCUGGUAUUUCCUGAAAACUGCUACUCUGUUAUUAUAGGCUGUCCAAAAAGAUGGGAAAGACGUGAGAAGCAGGUUAAAAUUUAAAAUCUUGUAUAUCUUUCAUGUCACAGGCUAUGUCUGUUUAUAAGAAAUAUUUUGUAAUUAAGCAUAUUUAUUGAUUCACUCAUAAUAAGAAAAAAGAGACCUCAAAUUAACCUGAAAUAUUGCAGAACCAUUCUUUUUGUUUGUUUGUUUUUGUUUUGUUUUUUGCGGUACGCGGGCCUCUCACUGCUGUGGCCUCUCCCGUCGCGGACCACAGGCUCCGGACGCGCAGGCUCAGCGGCCAUGGCUCACGGGCCCAGCCGCUCCGCGGCAUGUGGGAUCUUCCCGGACCGGGGCACGAACCCGUGUCCCCUGCAUCGGCAGGCGGACUCCCAACCACUGCGCCACCAGGGAAGCCCUGCAGAACCAUUCUUUAACACAGAAAGUGAUCAACCUCAGUACUCCCCUUUAUCUGUGAAAUAGAGAUAUGAGAGCUUUCCUUAUGAAAUAACAGAACUAUGGUAUUGGUUAGAUUCUUCUGAAUUUUUUUCAAGAAACUAAAAAGGAAAUAAUCUUAGGAUUUUGUUGAUACUUUUAUAACUGUUUCAGAUUAUAUUUCCAGUUUUCAUCCAUGUACAUAGCAUUUUAUUAAUUAUUAUUGAAAACGUCCCAUUGAGUUUUGUUUCUCUUUGUAUUGGAGUUAUUUCACGUCCAUUAAAAGUCUACUGUAAGCCAAGAAUACUUUUCGGUUUUCUGAAGUGCAGCAGGAGCCCUCAGAGGUCCUUACUGAUGGUCAAAGGAGAGGCCCUUUCUUCUGUUAAUAGGGUGAGAAUGGUUGAGAGGGGAAGGGCUGAUACUUCGUAUUGGACUAAUAAGCUGGCCAAUGCAGGCUCAAAAGACAUGCCCAUCACAGUUAUCAGAGGAAAAAUAUUUUUCACUACUGCCAAUAUGUAUAACAUAAAGCUGUAAAUAGUCUUGGUUUCCCUCUCGCAUCUCAUUUCAUUCUUGGUACCAGAGACAGAUCCAAAUAACUGUGUGUUGGUUUUACCCUGGUUCAGCUUCUUAACAGCAGGUUGAUGAGUGAAAAACAAUUUGGACUAAAGGUAUCAAUACAGACCAGUAAAAAGUCUGGGGGUUUUGCCUUGGUUUUGCUAUUAGUCAUUUCUAGGGUAACUCUGAGAAGUUCACUUAACUACUUGGUGCCCAGAUUUCCACCUAGUAACGUAGAGACAAACCUACCUCAUGAGAAUGAAUCUGUAACAUGUUCCAGUAACCAGAAGCUCUGGUUGUCAUUAAAUUCUUGGUCUUUUGGGGACUGGAAAUUAAAAAAACAAACACAUUAACUUCCUGGAUCUUUAAAAAUAAAAGUAAGCAAUUAAAUAGCUGUGUUGAUUUCCAUCUACUCUGUAUUGAUAUUUGACCAAACACUUAAAACUACUAAAGUUAAAAAUUCCUUGUACUCUUAAGCAAUUCAUCUUACCCAUAUGGUAUUUUAGAGUGGACCAUACUUGAAGAUAAAUCCAGCCUCUAUAUUCUGGACCUGUCUUUUAGCCAUAUUCUUAUGCUAAUGCAUGGAUUAUGAAGGAGAUUCAGUUUGCAUGGGUCAAUUCUACUACUUGUUUAUAUCUUUGGUAAAAGUUUUGAAGGGAGAAGAUAUUGACUCUGUGGACUAACAUGAGACUAGUGAUUAUGUGUGGACUAGAUUUCGUUGCCAUCCUAGAUCCUAGUACGUUUCUUUCUAUUAGAUAUUAUUGUAAGUUUUACUCUGAAAUUUCUGUGGAUAUAAGCCAAUUCAUUUCUUCCUACAUUCCAAAGUCACUACUGUAAUAUUUCCUAUAGAAAAGCAUAUAAGACAUCCUACACAUUAGAGGUUUGGUUAUAUUUUGAAGGCAUUACCAAUCAAAAUUUAUAUUUAGGCUUUACCUAGUGAUCAUGUAUUUACAAAAGGAAGACAGAAAAUUCAAAGAUAAUAUGAGACACUUUCUCAAUGUUGCUUUUUUCUUGCCAAGAGUAUUGAGCAUAGUAAAGAUAUAUAGAACUUUUCUACCAAGUUUCCUUCUCUUCUGUUCAUCUUCAUAGAAAUUAUAAAAUCCCAAACUUUUUUACAGCAUUCUCUAUCACAUUGCGGAAGACUAGUAUAUUGUUUCUAUUAUACAUAGAAGUUUUGCUUUUUUUCACUGCACUCAAAUGAGCCCUGUUGCUUGUAAUUUUGGUAGUAGAAAUGGAGACAACUCCUUAUUCUUAUCUGUGGGAUAACUCCAUCUGCCUCCUCUACACUGUUGGGAAUAGUAUCAGUAAGCUUGGCUCACUUCUGCUGCUGUUAUCCCUCAUGCCCUUGGAUCUCCUUUUUACUGCAUCAGAACGUGAUGCAAAAAGAGACAUGUUGGUGUGGACCUUAGGAAUGGACACCUGAAACGGUUAAGAAGUUGUUGUUAAAGUAAGAAAGCCAUAUAAAGUUAGGCUGGAACAGGAAGAGGGGUGGGGUAGCUGUGAUCAGCGAUUACAAAUUCAUGGAGUAUUUCAUGUUGUAAACGAAAUUCCUUUCCUACUAGAACUUGAAAAAUAAAGAGAAGAGAAAGUAGAGUAGUUUAUUACUCCCACAGAUCAGAAAUAAAGGCUGAAAGCUAAAUAACUUUAAUAAUAGCCUAACCAAAUGUACAGAUGACAGAUUGUUGAGGAAACAUCUACGUUAGGAAUGCUUUUCUAAUCUUUUGUGAUUGAUAUCCUAGAGGGUAGCCCUUCCCUUUAUCAUAGUCAAAAUCCUGUUUGGGGUAAAUAACAGAAUAAAUCUAAUCUUAAAGAUUAAAGGAGGUGGGAAGGCACAGAGUCCCAACUAUCUUUUCAGGUCCCCCACAUCAAUAAAGGACGCAGUUUAAUUCUGUCUCUUUAAAGAAGAGUCUCCAUAUGUAUAGAAUCCUAUCUCAACAAAACACAGAGAAUAAGAAUUAAAGGAAAAACAUGGUUACUCUAUCCAUUCUUUAUUCAUUGCCCUCUAGGGCAAUCAACGUAUUGCAGGGAUGGGUUUCAAAGAGGCAGCAUUAUCAGAAUUUUAGGAUUGGAUAGGCCCCCAAUCCAACUCCUCUCCCCUCCAAUGCUUGAUUCUUCUGUACAGUAUCAUUUAGAGAUUCAGAGACCAAGUGGUCUCCCAGCCUGUGAUUAAACAUCUCCCAAGAUAUAGCACAUUAUGUCUUUCGACAUCCCAAAUUUUUAGAUAUUAAUCAUUCAUGUAUUAAGUCAAAGUCUGUUUCCCUGUAGCUUUCACUUCUUGGUUCUAAAUGGAGGCAUUCUGAAGAAUUUUCUAUCUUCCACAUUAUAAGGUCUUCACCAUAGUUAAAAGUAACUCUCACGUUGCAAUUAGUCACAGUUCUUGCCCUCAGAUAACUUACCAUCUGAUAUCCAGUUCUGUCCCAGUCUUCCUCCUAGCAUGUUAUCCUUCUGCUUUCUUCCUUUCUUUUUCUAGCUUUUCUUGUUUUAUCAGCUCUUUUUCUUUCUGGCUCCGUUGCCCAUUGGUUGCUUCCCUAUGGUUUAUUCAGUUUUAUGUCCCUUCCCAGUGACUUGCCCUCUCUAAAAGAACAUUUUGGAAUUCCUGGAAAUCCUAGCUUCUUCAUAGAUCACACAGGCACUUGGGGUUUGUUGUUUGUUUUUCAGAUAAAGGAGUUGGUGGGGAGGGGGUGGGAUAGUUUUGUAGCUUUGGAAACUUCUUGUAGCCCAGAAUCUGUUGACAAGAUUGUAUUGCCAUUAUAUCCUGAAGCAGCAUACCACCAGAGCCUGCAUUCUAAGUUUGCUUGCCUUCUCUGACAGCCUGGCUAACCUUUACAUCCUCUAUAAUAGCCCUCACAUGAUUUGAUUUAUACCACUUUGAUAUGAUACAGUUAUGGAACCUUACUUUCUGUUUAACAUUCUGAUUUUGACUUAGAGCCCCACUAGAAAAAGUGAUAUUAAAAAUUUGAAAUGUUAAUCCAUCUCUUUUAGUUCUGCCUGUCUCCUCAAAACUGUGAGGUUCUGAGGUGUGAAGCCUUGUUUUAUCUAUCUUUGUUUGCCAGAGACACCUUUGUAUCUCAGAUAUAUAAUGAAUAAUUAAUAUUUGUUAAAUUGAAUUAAAUAAUUAGUAACAUGGUAACAGAUAAAGUCUAACUUUUCACUUAGAAUCUCUUGUAUUAGGACACAAGUUUGUGCCAAAGUAAUCACCCCGUGCCCAAUCAGUACAUGCAGGUAGCCCAAAAAACCCAUAUAUGGCCCGGAAGCCACUGUCUCUCCUAUUAAUCCUGUAGUAUGGUCCUUGGUUUAUUCAAAGAAUCUACGUAUACUUCUAUGAUAGGUGUCAGUCUCUCUUGUUAAUGUCUUAUAAUUUGAUUCAGUUAAAAGCUCUUAUCCAUUUACCACAGUAAUAAUCAACUAUUUUCACUAUAGAAUGUAUUAUCGAGACCAGGGUACUUGUUUAUAUGUGUAAAUACAUCUUGGGAGUGUGAUGCCAUGAAGAGAACCUGUUAUUUGACAUUUUGCGUUUCUCUAAAAUACAUUUCAGAGAGCAGUUUGAUACAUUUGUCUUGUGUUUUAUAUGAUAUAAAAACACCAAAUAUAUCAAACUCUUGUGGUAUCAAGAGUUUUGUAUGUCAGACCAGGGGCUGACAAACUUUUUCUGUAAAGGACCAGAUAAUAAAUAUUUUAGGCUUUGCAGUGCAUAUAGUCUCUGUCAAAAGUACUCAACGUUGCCAUUGUAGAGUGAAAGCAGCAUUGACGAUAAAUAAAGAAACAUGAAUAUGUUCCAGUCAAACUUUAUUUGUGGACACUGAAAUCUGAGUUUCAUAUAAUUUGUAUGUGUCACUAAAUAUUUUUCUAUUUCUUUCCCAACCAUUUAAAAAUGUAAAACCAUUCUUAGCUCAUAGCCGUACAGAAGCAAAGAAAGGGCUGGAUUUGGCUGCUGGCUGUAGGCUGCUGACUCCCGACAUAGGUCUAGAGAGACAGAACUGAUCAGUUAGAUUUUCUGCCUUUGUACUGUUUCGAAAAGUUGUAGUCAAAAUCUUAACAUCUUCAUUCAGUGUUGAAGUGUUUUUGGUCUUGUUUAUGAUUAGAAAUGGAAAACAAAAGACAAGGCACUCAUUCCUAUUUAUCUGGCAGCCAGGGUACACCUGAACAAUAAUCUAAAAUAUCUUUACCACCACAACAUGCCUGCCUCUGUCAGCUUCCAAAUUGUUCUGUGUUAACUGUGCUCUUAACAUGUUCAGCGACAAAUCCAGCUAACCCCUUUGUUCUUUUUGGUUUUUAAGGGUCUGCCUCUAUCUCCCCCUAAGGAAUAAAGAAACAAAUCCCAAAUUCACCUUCUCUUUAGCCGGGUUUUAGAGAUAUCUAAUGAACAUGGUAAAGAAGAUUUUCACUCUAAAUUUUUGGUACACCAUAGUGUAUAAAUUUAAGGUUGGGCAUCUAAGGGAAACAUUUUAGAAGGGUUCCUCUUUCAAAAUAAAGAUUUCUCUGAGAGGAGUUCCCUACUUCAGGGCUGAUUUGGGCAGUAUUUACCAAGAAGUCAGAAUAAAAUAAAAUUCUAUGCUUUCAGAGGUGUCUUUGCUCCCUAGUUGACUGGUUGUGUUCUGGAGGGUUCCUUGGUCUGUAAUUAGCUUUGGGAGGUGCUUUCUAACACAUUCCUCAAUCUAUGUUCCUUUCCCCCUGGUCUAGGAUCCUUCAGCUAUGAUUCACGGUUGAAUAAAUUGUUUAUCCAUUAGCAGUUGAGCAAGAUAUUUAAGCCUAAAGAAAUCUGCUAAGAACUUCUCUUUUUGGAACACUUUCUUUGAUAUUUUUCUCAUGUUAUUUGCUUUGUUAAUAUGUAAAAUUAUUACGAAUAAAUCUUAUUGCAAAUCUGA